AUGGACGGAACCCGCACAGAGAAAGACAGCACAGAUAAUGCUCCUAUUAGACCGGUGUCUUCUCUUCUAUCCCAUUUUGAGAAUCUUUCGCAUCGCCGAUCCCCAUCCGCCCUGCCAUAUGGUCCGCGCGACUCCUCGUCAUUCCUGAAAACCCCUGAACCCAGUGAUGAUUUCUCCUCCUCCCGGACGUCUCUGGACCUACCGCGCCCACGGUCCCCUUGGAACCAAUCCGAAGAUCUUCAAAAUGGCCAGCAGACGAACCGCGUCAAUGGGACCCCGCCGCGACCGAGUGGAUCUCCUGGAUUACGCCAUAACAGGCCCAUGUCGAUGAACUUCCCCUCGUCACCGCAACUGGCUCCGACGUUGACCAUAGACUCGCCGCGGUCUCCGCCGAGGGGACUGGGGUCAUCACUAGACCAUCCGGAAGAUAUUCGCGUCUCUCGAAGCCCCCCAAAUAGGUCGCGUGAGUCGUUACCUCCCAGGCCGACUCCCCCGCCCGUCCCCUUGAACCGUCUGACCCGUCCGACCACGCCCACUUUUCCGUCGUCGGUUCCAUCGGAACAGAAGACGGCGCACCUUUCCCCCGGCAGUCCUGGUUCAUUGACGGCCUCGCGUGAAAGUUCGUCGGAUCGAAAGACGAAGAGCGCUUCCGUGCCUCCGCCCGCGAACCGCACGGGCAAGCCUAAGAUUCCCGCCAAACCCGCGGGAUUGUCGUUUCAGGAUGGGAGCGCCCUCUCUCCCCGACCCGGGCGAGCACCUUCGCAGGAGCGAGUGUCACCUUUUAGUACGCCACCAGAUAGUCCUCAGAAAGGAUCGUCGAAACCGGCGCCCCUUACCAGGGGUCCGCAGUCCCCGCACUGGUCUCCACAACCAGUGCCUGAACCUCCAAGUCGCCGCUCCUUUGAUAUGGAGAGACCAUCUGCUUCAGUGGCGCCUGGUUCCCGUGGUGCAUCGGAACGGUCCUUUUCCUUGAGACGACCAGAGUCGACUAGGGAGGGAAGACCGUUGAUUGUGGAAAUUCCGCGGAGGGUCCCCAUGCAGCCAGACACGCUCACAAGCGUUCCGUCAUCGGCCCAGCGGCUGCAUCUUGAUAGCCCCCAAGAGCCUCCUGGUCUACCACCUCGGCACCCGUCGGUGGCGCGGAGAGGACCUCGAUCUCCGUCCCGGCCACAACCUGGGGACAGUUCAGCCCAGCCCUCACCAUUCCCCAGACAAGAAUCACGUCAGAAUCAACCUGUGGAAGUUCAAACGCCCGGAGGUGUCCAACGACAGCCGUCAUUCGGCAGAGAGGUUAAACCACCACCCACUCCGGCUGUUCCAGCUCGCCCAAUCCCGGCCCAAAGCGAAGAAGAGCAAGCUCCGGAUGAGCAGUCAGUGUUCCGCGUAGAUUACCCCGAUACCUCGACGAGCAAUCGACGACCGCCGCUCUUGAAAACCGGCCCUCAAGAAAUUCCUACCCGAUACGAUACUCGACUUAUGGAUGUCUGCGGCAAGCAUGUGUGCACAACCGGCUACAUUACAAGGGUCUGGGACCUGACAACUGGCGAGCAAAUUAUGAGCCUUAGUCACGGGGAAACGGUCAAGUGCGUGUCCCUGGCAUUUAAGCCUGGCGCGGGCUUGGAGGAUGAGGGACAGCGACUCUGGCUGGGAACAAACAGCGGGGAACUCAUUGAGGUCGACAUUGCGACGCAGUCUGUGGUCACGUCGCGAGCAUACCCAUCUCGACGGGAAGUUAUCAAGAUUCUGCGGCACAAGAAGGAAAUGUGGACCUUGGACGACGAGGGUAGAUUGCUUUUAUGGCCUCCGGACGAGACAGGGACGCCCAACCUGCAGUAUAGCUACCACAACCCUUAUGACCGAGUAACACGGGGACACACGUUUUCGAUCGUGGUGGGAGAUCUGCUGUGGCUGGCUACGGGCAAGGAGGUACAUGUAUAUCGCCCAAACGCACGGGACGAUGUGACGUUCAAAGUCCUCAAGAAACCGCUCGGUUCGCAGCAUUCCGGAGAUGUGACGUCUGGUGCGUAUGCCACCAAGGAUGGGGGCCGUGUGUAUCUUGGACACGCGGACGGUAAGGUCACAGUGUACUCAGCUCACGAUUAUACAUGUCUGGCGGUGGUCAAUGUGAGUGUCUACAAGAUCAACUGCCUCGGCAUUGUCGGGGACUACCUCUGGGCGGGGUACAAGACUGGUAUGAUCUACGUCUACGACACAAGGAAGAACCCGUGGGUGGUGAUGAAGGACUGGCGAGCACAUGAUAGCCCGGUGUCGGGGUUCUUGCUUGACUCUAGCAGUGUGUGGACCAUGAAUCGGCUACAGGUGACUUCUCUCGGAACUGAUAACUGCGUACGCCUUUGGGAUGAAACGCGGAUGCAACAGAGAGAUGUGGAGUUUUGCACUUUCCGUGAGAUCAGCGCCGCGGUCGUGACUUGGAACGCCGGGGCUUCUACGCCUGGCACCGUACGCUCGUCCACGUUCAUACAUGAAGCAAUCCAUCCCGAGAAUCCACCGGAGAUUCUGGUGUUUGGCUUUCAGGAACUUGUGGAUCUUGAAAACAAGAAAAUCACAGCCAAGAGCCUGCUUAUGUCAAGCAAGAAAAAAGAGAGCGGAGAAAGGGAUCAUAUGAGCCGCCAGUAUCGUGUCUGGAUGGAGCAUUUGACUCGUUGUAUCAAUGACUGCAUGCCCCUGGAAGAGUCGUACGUCCUUUUGCACAGUGCGAAUUUGAUCGGUCUAUUUACGUGUGUGUUCGUGAAACAUAAAGAAAGACAACACAUCAAGAAUGUCAGUGCCGCGGAGGUGAAGCGAGGCAUGGGCGGGUUGCAUGGAAACAAGGGUGCGCUUAUUCUUCGCUUCGUGCUCGACGAUAGUUCCCUUUGCUUUGUGAACUGUCACCUGGCUGCGGGACAGACGCAGACGGCGCACCGCAACAAUGACAUCGCUGCUAUCCUGGAAGCAGAGUCGUUACCCCUCGAGAGCAGUCUGGCCGCCCGAGCGGAUCAUUUCGUGAGCGGGGGGGAUGGGUCGAUGAUCAUGGACCAUGAGAUUUGUAUCAUUAACGGCGACCUCAAUUACCGGAUUGAUUCGAUCCCACGCAACGUGAUCAUCGACGCGAUUCGACAAAACAACCUGACCAAAUUGUUGGACCGGGAUCAACUGCUGGCGUCGCGACGCAAGAACCCGGGAUUCCGUCUCCGCUCCUUCAACGAAUCACCGAUCACAUUCGCGCCGACGUACAAGUAUGACGUGGGGACGGACGACUACGACUCGAGUGAUAAGAAGCGGUCCCCGGCAUGGUGUGACCGGGUUCUGUACCGGGGCCUGGGUCGGGUGAAGCAGCUCGAAUACCGACGGCAUGAGGUGCGAGCGUCGGACCACCGGCCGGUCAGUGCCACGUUCAAGUUGCGGGUCAAGACAGUGCGACAGCAGGAACGGGCAGUGACCUGGGAGAGUUGCCAGCAGGAGUUCCACAAGGAAAAACGGCGACUGGCGUCGGAAGCAAGUAUCGAGUACCUCAUCGGCGUACUUGGAACCGAUGCUCAGCAAGCACGAGCAUUAAUCAUGGGAACUGGCAAUUAG